AUGGGUUACACAUUCGACUUCAUCGAGGGUGAAAUGUGGGAAAAAUCGCCUUUCAGCAUCCUGGACUUCACCAAACAGCGAAAAAGAUGGUAUCAAGGAGUGCUUCUGGUGGUCCAUUCCAAAGAACUUCCAUGGUCCAAACGAAUUUUUCUCGCCUGUCAGGUGUACAACUACAUCUUUCUGCCUCUUCUCACAUCAAACAUACUGUUCUCCAGCGUAUACCCCGUACCGUAUCCAGCAUUCAUAGACUACGUUUCGUCGUUUAUAACGGCAGUGAGCGUCUACAUGUUCAUUUUCGGUGUGAUCAAAUCGGUGGAUGUUAAGAGGGUAGGCCUCGUACGGUUCGCGGCGUGUUUAUGUAGCAUAGUUUUCGUCAUACCGAUCAAUGUGCUCUUAGAAAACAUUGCUUCCGUUUGGAGCAUUAUCGGUAAAAAGCAUCAGUUCGACAUAGUGGACAAAAAGAUUAAAUUAAUGAUUAACUAA